CGCUGCAUUUGACCGACAGUGAACCUGUGAAUCAGCGCCUGCAAACGCCAUAGAUUACGAAUCGCCUCAAUAAAGAGCCAUAAAAGACAAGUCAAACCAAAUGCAACAAUCCGAGAAGAAAUGGAGAGUUAAUCAUAAGAUGAGAUUCUGGUCAAAAAGUAUUCAAGUGAAGAGCAUCAAGUAGAAAGAUCUUAUUUUAGAAUUGUAAAUGGCCAUUAGGUUCUGACUUCUAAAGUGUAAGUCCAACAUGAGUGUCCCAACUGAUUACCAGGGGCUUCGAGUGUCUGUAGAAAGAGGAGAGAAGAUUUCAAACAAAAGUAACAUACCUUUUCCUCAGUGUGGAGACAAUAAUGCUAAUGAAAUAGGAGAGCUGGAAUACACCACUAGCUCUAUCCCUCCUCUUGUAUCUCAGAGCGAAACUCACGAGAAAAUCGUCAUCUGGAGCUCGGAGCAGCCGUUCGAGCCCUGCCAGGAAAUACACACAUUCCUAGGCAAAAGUGAUGAUAUUUAUGAUGAUGAAGAGGAGGGAGCCAGUCUGAUAGAAGGCCCUAUGUCCAUCUCCUCGAGUUCAACUGCCAGCUCAGCCUCGACCGGAGUGAAGAGGAACGACAACGACAGCAACAAGGUGGAGAUUUGGAGGAGCAGACAGGAGCACAAAAGGACUGCCAGUCACAGCACCGAAGAACUGGAUGCCUGCGUGACAGUGGACAGAGAUGGAGUUAGGGUGGGCAGAACAGUGGAGAGGGACAGGCAAAAGUCCAAAUCUGAAACUAAUGUGUUUGUCUCUAGCUUGUCUGCGAUCUCUCUCCGUGGAAGUCUGUCAAGUGCUUUGGAUACUGGCGGAGAAACGCGUAUAACAUUGCCAGUUUACAAGACCCACCUCUAUUCCUCUGGUACAAGCAACACUACCUCAAUUCAGACCAGAAGAGGGUCCGCCCCAGUGGAUAACAAGAACUCGCCUCCUUACCACUCUCAGGAGAAACUUCAACAAUACAGCAGCAGCAGCCAAGAUGGUGGGCUCGGACAGAGAAGAAAGGCAGGAUUUGAGGAAAGGGUAUUACCGCCAAGGAGACAGCAGCUUGUAAGACCAAUGUGUCAAACAGAGAUGGGGCGGGCUAGGAGUUUGCCCGAAUCCAGUAGCCAUCAAGUUGACCCAGGACAUCCAAACCAGGAUUACGUUGGUAACAGAAAGUUUACAAGAUCGUCCCUGCGCGAGCCAUCUGAUUUCUCCCAUCUCUAUAACUCAUCGGGGGUCUUAAGACAGCCCAGUCAAGCAGCCCAAAGAGACACGCUACCUGCAGAAAAACAGCUCACCAGUGCCUCAAGGCCGACCCCGAGUCCAAGACCCCAAACUCAGCUUACAUACAGGAGAAACUGCUCCAGUCCUAACCGGGUGGCUACUCCUCCCCACUCCCCUCUCAGGACGCCUCAAGGAUCACCCAGACGACAGCCCUCAAUGUUCAUCAUUCCCCGAAGCGUCCCGGGAGUGGUUCGGUAUGCUCCUCCUUCCGGGUCUAACACUGCUGUAACCACUCAGGGCUAUGGCAACAGUAGCCUAAGAGCACCAGUCAAAACUAACAUAAGCACAACUGGGACAGCCAAACCGGCUCCCAACAACAGGCAGAGUCCACCGAAAGACAGCUCACCUUCGCCAAAACACGCCCCCAAACCGAAAGGGGUUCGUCCCAAGAUAAUCACCUAUGUCAGAAAAAAUCCGCAGUUUAAGCCACAAGUUGCAGACGGGCCUUAUCAAGUGUCCUCCUUGCCAUCCAGACUAUCAACAUACUCAAACAACCAGAGUAAAGAUACCCCGAAAGAAAAGCCAGAUAUCGAAGGCAGAGGGGCGCCAGUUCUUAGCGCAUCAAAUUUACUUUAUGAAAAAUACAAACAGGAGAUUCAGACAAGUGUGUGCCCCCAACCAGGUGCGAACAACAGGGGAGGCAGGCCAAAUACUGUCCCACCAACCAUUGCACCUCAUGGACACAGCCACACGGCCCCGCCCAAACUGGGGAGCAAAGCAGACAACUUCUACGGGACGCCAUCUGAGUUGGGACGACCAGGAAGUUUUAAAGGCAGCCCCCAAGAUGACCCGCUGCAGUCCCGGACAGGACCCCAGGGUGGAGGGGGAGGUGGAGGAGGAGGCGGCAGCUUGCUCCGGUCUGGCAGAGGUCUACGUCUGGGUCUGGGUGCUGUGACGAGGACUGCCCCGGGACCAGCCAGAACCCGGAGUCCCGCCCAGAGAUCCGCCACUGUCAUGAGCCAACCAGUCCAGCCCAUCAGCCCCACCGAGAAAUCCCAUGAUGCAGAUGAUCAAGUUUUUACCCAGAAUGCUCCUGUCCCAUCAUCAGCUGAGGCUGCCUCCAGGUCUUUACUGCCAAAAACAUCUCAGUCCGCCCUGCGUCCUCCGGGCUUCAGCUCCACCCGUCUCCCAGCGGGACGUCUGCCUCCAGGACGCCUCGCUGCGUUUGGUUUUGUGCGCAGCUCCAGUGUCUCCUCUGCCUCCUCUGCCCAGUCUGGGGACAGUGGGCUCAGUGACCCCAUCAGGACCACACACCGUUUGAGCGUGAGUGAGGAGCCCCCUCUCCACAGAGUGACAACUGGACCUCCGUCUGUCCCGGAGCACCAGAGAGGACCUCCCUGUCGCAGCCUGCAGCCGCCCUCCACCCCUGCCCUGCCCCGACGAUACCUGCCCGCCCAGCCCCGCAGCUCACCGGGAGUUGGUCGAAAAGAGUUUCAGAGGAGUUCAGAGGUCACACGCUCGCUGCCGUCUUCUCCAAAGAGACUUGCUGUAGUUCCUCCUAAGCCACAAUCUCCAGUACCAGACCAGCGGCCCUCUGCAGUGGUGCGAGGGUCGGCACCACCUGGAUCUCCUCGUCGUGUGGCCCCCCUCAAACCUCAGCCACAGCACCAAGAGGAAACCCUACAGAGAGAGAAGGAGGAGGCCCAACAGAAAGAGAGAGAAAGAGAGGAGGAGGAGAGGCAGAGAAAUGAACAAAGAGAAGAGGUCCAGAGGCUGCAGGGCCGAUGUGAGCAGCAGGAGAUACAGCUAAGAGCUCUCAGAGACCAGCUGAGGAGGAUGUCCUUGGGUCUGGAGGCUUUUAUCAUCACCACUCAACAUUACUGUCUCAAGAACAAGACAUCUGAAGUGAAUGAGAAGAAACUAUCUCAGGAAAUCAAAUCCAUCCAAGAGGAAAUUGCGUCCCACUCGCAGCGCUGGGAGAGGCUGCAUCGAGAGAAGACCGCCCUAGAAGUGGCCUUUGAGCGUGAGCUGCAGGAGCUACAGCUUCAGCAGGAGGCGGAGCUAGCAGCUGUGGAGGCGGGGCUUAGGAAGUGUCACUCAACCGAGACAGAGCACCUGAGAGCCGAGCACCGGUCCGAGAUGGAGGAGCUGCGGACCCAGCAGCAGGAGCAGGUGGAAGAGAUGACAGUUGGUCAUCAGGCUGCCAUUCAGGAGCUCCGAGACAUGCACAACAUUACCAUGGCAACACUGCACGAGGAACAUGCCCGAACAAUGAGAGACUUACGAAAAGCUCAUGAGCAGCAGAAGAUCCUGCUCGAGGAAGACUUUGAAAAACUGCGACUUUCUCUUCAAGAUCAAGUUGAUACUCUGACAUUUCAAAACCAGAGUCUUAGAGACAAGGCCAAACGCUUUGAGGAGGCUCUGAGGAGAAGUACAGAUGAACAAAUAGUGGAGGCUUUGGCACCUUACCAACACAUUGAGCAGGACCUAAAGAGUUUAAAGGAAGUAGUGGAAAUGAAAAACCAGCAGAUUCACCAGCAAGAGAAGAAGAUCACAGACUUGGAGAAAGUGCAGGCCCAAAAGAAUGUAUUUCUUGAGGAGAAAAUUCAGGUUCUGCAACAACAGAACGAAGAUCUCAAGGCCCGAAUAGAUUUGAACCUGUCUUUGUCCAGACAGCUGUCUGAGGAGAACGCCAACCUACACGAGUCGGUGGAGAAGGAGAGCACAGAGAAGAAGCGUUUGAGCCGUAAUAAUGAGGAGCUGCUGUGGCGUCUUCAGACCAGUCCCCUCAUGUCCCCCUCAUCCUCCCCCCUGCACCGUUCCUUCUCCACAUCCCCCCUCCCUUCCUCACCCUUCCUUUGCUCCUCACCUGUCACUGGCUGUGAGUCACCCACCCACUGUCAUGGCUGUCCUCAGCAGGCUCAGUACUUCUCUCCAUCCCACAGAGCAACAACCAAUCAGAAUUACUCUCCUGGCCCAGCCACACCCACUCACAGGACAGUGGCCAAUCAGAAUUACUCAGCUGGUCCAGCCACACCCACUCACAGAGCAGUGGCCAAUCAGAAUCUGUCUCCUGGUCCAUCCACACCCACUCACAGGGCUGUGACCAAUCAGAAUUACUCACCUGGUCCAGCCACGCCCACUCACAGAGCUGCAGUGAAUCACUGUAAUCCAGCUCCAUGCCUGAGCUCUGCACAGCGAUAAGUUCUCCUUCAAGUAUUCUUCUUCCCUCUUCUUUCUUCUUCCUAAGUUUGAAUGUUGAAAACACUGUGGUACACAGGCACAACUGUACCAGACUUGUACAGCUGUAGAAAGCAUUUAUAGUGGUUCAGAAUGUGAGCUGAGGAUUGUGUACAAAUGGAGUAGUUGACCCAGUCUUACACGUAGGCUGUACAUAGUGUACAGAAGUGAUAGGAGGUGUCAUCAUAGUUCCUAUUUCAUUGCAUGUUAAUGGCCCCAUUUAAACAGUUGAACAGGUAGUUGCACACUUCCUCGUAUUCAUCAAGUUUCAGUUAAACAUCAUUAAAAAAUGGGAAAUAUGGAAAAUUAGCUCUGUUUUGUAAUUGGGAACAAAGCGCCUUAUCUCAACCCUGCUGUCACACCAGCAACAAAAGACCAACAUUUUUUUAACUUGUAAGACUUUGAAUACAUGAAGAAGUCACAUUUCUAAACUCAUUUUUAUAUGUUUAUUGUUGACAGAUUCACGCUACCUAGCAAUUUAUUUACAAACAAACAUUAAGGUGAAUUUUGUCAGGUCUUCCUAAAACACCGUUUUUUAAAGCAACAAUUCACUUGUGGAUCUCUCAGGUCAACGUGCAAAAACCAUUUCUGGGAUUUCAGUGUUUGUGUGUGAAUGUGCAGUUUCAUCUAUAGAUCAAUGUAUAACUUAAACAUACAAAACAGCAAAAAGCUCGGCAUAUGAAAACUUAGCACUGAAAAUACUGUGGCAAUUUAUUCUUUCUUAUUACUUAUUUAUCAGUUUGUAUCACUAUUUAUUAUAUAAAGUAAUGUGAGUCUUCCAUUUUGGUUAACUUAAAUUCUGUAUUGCUGUGAUCUUUAUAAACUUAUGUCCAUAAAUGGUAGAUGUAAAUUUAUGAAUCACAAGUGAUCAUAUACAGUCAUGAUAGGACACUCAGUAUAUAAGCUAUGUAUGUAAAGACAUCAUUGUAUGUGAUUUUACCUCUUGUGAUAUAGUAGUGUAGUCUCAUGUUAACCUCAACCACAGCAAUCUGGCCCCACCAAGUAUAAGACCACCUCUGGAAUAUGCAGCCCUCUUGACAAACCAUAAUGCACUGUGCCCAGAGCAGACUAAGGAGAGGAGGAGACGAUAAGGUGUGCAAGGCUUCGUGUUAUAGGUGGUCUAAAUGUGAACCUCUGGAACCUGCUUUAUUCUUAAAACAUUAGCAAUCUGUAUUAAACUUAUUGUGCAGACAAAAUGUUUCAGGGAGUUGUUUUCACAAUUUUAUCUGGAAAGACUUUGUUUGUAUAUCUUUUUUCCCCAGUAUUUAUACAAAAGCAGUGACGUGCAUUCACACAAAUUUUAUAAGAAUCAUAGAUCUCCUGUGCUGUAACAAUACCCUCAGGGUCAUCGUUUUUAUUAUUGUAGUUUUCUCUGACCAACUCAAAGGAAACCAUUUAUGUUAACACAGUUACAAUUUCUAUAUAAAAUAUUUGUAACUCUUUGUCGUAUCCUCCAUGUUCAUGAUACAUUGACAUGAUGUAAAUAAAUUCAGAUCUAAAAUGAGGGUAAUAGUGGCCUGUUGUGGUACAGUAAUAGGCUAAGUUUGAGUUGGUUUAGGUUAAUAGUAAUGUUAUUAAUUUAUAGUGGUGGAGCAUAGUAAUGUAUCUCUCCCACUUUUUAACCAGCAUGUAAAUUCUUAUUUGCCUGGGCCAUAAGAUUUGAACCACUUUUUUAGUUAUCAUACCAGCACUUUUAAUAUUAGUAAACUUGAUUCUCUUUUGGAUCUUACAAACUUUUGUAUGAUGAUGUACACAGGGUUAAAUGCUCCAAAACAAGUGAAUGUCAAUUAUUACACACCUGAAUUUAAAAGCGUGUCUUGCUGAUUUUAUACCGCGCUGAUCAUUUUGAGAAUGUCUUUGCCUAUGAAGAAAUGUACUGGUCAGAACCUCGAUGUGUUUUUAACUUGUUCAUCUGAUUUAGUAAUCAUUCAGGGUCCUUUUAAAUGUAUCGUCAGGUGCAAACUGACCCUCUGUGGAUGCAACACAAUUGAAUGUUUACAAAAUCUGUCAAAAAUCUAUUUCCAACACACUCCUACUCUUCACUGGUAUCAAUGACCCUUCAAUGUGUCCUGUGGACAUCUGCGUUAUGCUGAAUGUCAAAAUAGAAAACAUUUUAUAGCCAUGUUUUGUGGAUUUUCUUUCAUAUGGAAGGACCUGUUGUCUUGUAUGUAGCAGCCAUUUAAGACGAACGUAGCACUUAGCUGAAGCUAGAGCAAAACAUGGGUAACUAGACCACUUUGUUACUGAUGGAAACACAAUGUUAUCAAAAUGCUGGUAUGACCUGUGUGUCAUGGCUCACUUGUCUGCUUUUAUGGUUUCACUUUAUGGAGGAGGCACUGACUGUGCAUUUGAAUGUAAAUACAUUUACAAUAUGAGUUGUGUCUCAGUGCACCAAUGAUGUACUAAAAGCAUGUUUCUGUCUUGUACUGUUUUUGCUCCCUCUUCUCUCUUUCUCUCUUCCUUUCCUCUUGGUAGUGGAAAUGUAACAGUAGCUUAAUGGAAGACAAUGAAUGAGAUGAACAUGUAAUGAGUACAAAGUGUGUUGAUGCUUUAUUCGUGUUCGGGGAGAACACAGUAAUAAUAAACAAUUGG